AUGAAACGACACCGACAGACACACAAGCACCCCAGUAUCGGAAGCCAAUCGAAAGCUUGUCCCAUUUGUGAUAAGGUGUUUUCCACUUCAAACAAUUUGAAGAAACAUCUUCAAAAUCAUAAGGAGGAGGCGGAGGAGGACCUCCUCGAAGGUGAUAGUGGCGAGUCCACAGAAGGGGAGGAGGAUUUUGAAGAUGAGGAAGUGGAGUGGGAGGAGCUUCAUGAAGACGAUAGUGAUGAAUCGACAGAUGAUGAUGAUUUUGAAAAUGAAGACGUGAUGGAGGAAGGGGACUACCGUGAAGAUGAUGAUAGUGAUGGACUAACAGAUGAUGAUGAUGGCCAUGAAAAUGAAGGAGAUGAGGAGGAGGAGGAGUUCCUUGAAGACGAUAGUGGUGAAUCGGCACAUGAUAAGACUUAUGAAAGCGAAGAAUUGGAGGAGGAGGAGGAGGAGGAGGGAUUAUGUGAAGACGAUAGUGAUGAAUCAACAGAUGAUGACGAUUUUGAAGAUGAAGAGGAGGAGGGGGAGGAGGAGGAAUUUCAAGAAGACGAUAGCGAUCUAUCAACAGACGAAAGUGCUUAUGAGAAUGAAGAGGAAGAGAGCGGGAGACGUCCAACGAAAAUACUGAAUUUUUCGAUAAAGAAUGCUAAACUUAUGUUGAAAUGA